AUGAUAUCUAUUUCUGCAACACAAAAAUGCCAUGAAAAUCAUAUAGAAAUAAUUAUAUACAAACAAAUAGAUUUAGAAGAUAUUAUCAAUGUUAUAACUAUAAUCAGUAUCAACAAAAUAAUAGCCAUAAUCACUUUAAUAAUAAUUAUCAUAUUUAUAAAUACAAUAGUACAUUCUCAAAUAAUCACAACUAUAAUAAAAAGAAAAGUAAUUAUUAUAACCACAAAUACUAUAAUACAGGUAAAAUUUUUAAUCAAUAUUAUCAUGAGAAUAAACAAUGUAAAAGAUAUAGAAACAAAAGAUAUUACAAGAAAAGACAAUGAAGGAAAGACAAAAGAAAAUAAGAAAAUAAUACAAGAAAUGGUGAAGAGAUUUGAAGAGAUAGAAAAAAUAGUGAAAGAAAGAAAGAAAGAAGAAAACAACGAAAUAGAAAGAAUAAAGAGUAAAUACCAGAUAGAAAAACAGAAAGAAGAAAAUGAUAAGAUCGAAAUAAUAAAAGAAAAUUCAAUUAUCAAACCAUCAGAAGAAAAAGAAAACAAGGUCAAUGAAGAAAAUAUCAAAGAUGUAAAUUUUAACAAAUUGAAGAAGAAAACAAUAUCACUGACAAAAACAGAAACACUAAAGAAGAGAAGUGGAUCGAGUGGAAUAAUUAUAGAAGAGAAGAAAAUGAGUAAUUCGAAUCAAGAGAGAAGAAUUACUAAGAAUGACAUUAGAAGAACUAGAAGACAAAUUGGAGAGAAUAUCAAUAUAGAAUAA